CUCCUCUGCGUACCUGCAAUGAAUCCCUUCCAACGACCAUCUCAAACAGCUGCCACCUGGCGGAAGGUGGGCCUGACCUCCGACUUCCCGGACGUGGACUCCGAGGAUGCCAAGUCACGGAUCAAAGCCAGCUGCAAGGCAUUCCAUGUCCCCACCGCGGCCACCGGCUGCCCGUCCGAGACCCCCGUCGAGGCCGACUUGGACAUGCCGGGCAACAUCAACGAGCAGGUUCUCGUCUUCAAGUAUAAGGGCAAAUUUCAUGCGAUUGAUCACCAAUGUCCACACGCAUUGUAUCCACUGUCCUGGGGCAGCGUGUUCGAUAUCGAGGACUUCGGGGUCACGCUGAGUGCGGGAAUCACUUGUCCCAAGCAUGGCUGGUCGUUUGAUCUGUUUUCCGGUCAGGCAGACCGCGGCAACUACAAGCUCAAGGUCUGGGAGGUGCAGUUGCGCGAUUCCCCAUCUUCGGAAGAUGGAGCUGCAGGAUCUGCAGAUCAAGAGGUCUGGGUGAGGAGGAAGCAACGGAUUGGAUAGAUUAUGUUGCAGGUCGGGGGGACUUGAGCAUCACGGAGAGGUGGUCUGUUCUUGCGACUGAGGACUGUGUCACUACGGCUCUGGGUGGUUUUAUAGGUAUGUUCCGCCCUGAAUUUUGGUCAGUGGACCGGAUUCAGUCUCACACAGUGUAUAUAGAUUUAGAGGUAUUGGAACUU